GGAUGUAGUUUUUCUUCUACGGGACGGACUUAAUUGGCGAUAAAAGUCCUGCAAAAAUAAAGGUCUCCUUGACAAAGUGUCAUCCAUAAAUGAAAACGAGUCAUUGGACUGAGGAGCUAAGACGAGCUUGGUCACGUGUACGGCGAUUCGUAUAACCGGCCGGGCAGUGGUGGAAACGACAAGGACGGUCACUCAUCUCUCGGCUGGGGGGGUGGAAUAGAGAAGCACCGAGUCCCAGAGCCAGACGACCCCAGCAGGGUGGACCGGAGUUUUCGGUUUCCCUUUGCCUUCGUCAUCGUCAGCCAUCACUCUAUUAGUAGAAGUUCCCAAGGCGUCGUCUCUGUCUUUGGGCUGCGGCUACGACCCGCUUGGAGUGAAAUUAAAAAAAUAAAAAAAAAAUAAAAAAAAUCAUCAAACCCUAAAAAAAGGAAAAAAGAAAAAAAAACAACAAAAGAAACAGGACAAAGGGAGGGAAUUGGUAAAUCGUCGCGCCAGGAGGAGCCUUGGCGGCUGCCGACGCGCUUAUGCUGCAGCAAGGCCACAGCCCAGGCCCGACUGUGACGCCUCCGGCGAUUAGCAGUAGCAGCAACAGUAGCAGCAGCAGCAUCAGCCACAUCAGUAGCCAUAGCGCCACCAAAAAUAACAACAACAAUAAUAACAACAACAACAAUAACAACAAAAACAAAAACAGCAACAACAUGUUUCCGCAGCAGUACUGCCUGCGCUGGAAGUACCACCACAGUAAUUUGCAGACCAUGUUUUCGCAGCUGCUCGAGAGGCAGGCCUACUGCGAUGUCACACUCGCCUGCGAGGGCAAGACCCUCAGAGCGCACAAGGUCGUCCUGUCUGCGUGUAGCACAUACUUCGAUACGAUCUUGUCACAAUACGAGGAAAAAGAUCCAAUCGUCAUCAUGCGUGACGUCAAAUUCGCCGACAUCAAGGUACUCGUCGAGUUCAUGUACAAGGGAGAGAUCAACAUCGAUCACACAAGGCUAUCGUCGCUGCUGAAAACUGCCGAGGACCUACAUAUAAAGGGUCUGGCGGAGGUGAGUUGGCGCAGCGAGAGCGGCCCAAACGAGCUGAGCAACAGCGGCCACAGUCCAGGAGGGUCGGGUCCACCGGGCGUGGAAACAGUGCUACGCGAAGGCCACGACAGCGGUGCCGCAGAGAUCGAACCACCACCGCCAAAGACGAAGCGCCGAGGCAGGCCACCCCUCGACGAUCCACCCUCGGCCCACGACGUCUUCACGCCCAAGAUAUCCUGCAUCACCGGCAAUCCUUUGUCCAUUCAUCUAAGUCGGCAUCAUUAUCCACCAAAAGACAUAAGCAGUACAAUAUUCAAUCAUGCGAGAGAAGAAAUGAGCGAAGGCGACCACGAAAGUUGGGACGAUGACAUGAUGAUGUCCGAAAGCAACGAAGCGCCGAUACCGAUUCAGUUGCCGUAUAUGCCGAAAGACGAAAGCAACUCGGAUCAGGAGAAGAGGGCGAACACAUCGACGAAUUCGAACGCAAUGAACCCAGCGGUGCCGGAGCAGUUCCGCGACGUCAUCAGGAUGAACGAUUACCUGACGACGGGUAGACGCCAGGAGUUCUGGGAGGAACCGUUUACACGGCGCGUCAUGGACGCGAUCAAGAGUAAAGAGCUCGAGAUGAAGUCCGCGGCCGAGAUACUCGGCGUUUCGUACGGAACCCUCUACGGCAGAUAUCGCGACAGUUAUGGAUGCCUUAAACACCCAUACAGGGUACGAGACUUUUGGUCGGAGCCCGGCCCAGCGGAGAUCCUCGCCAAACUCCGGCGGAAGGAGAUAACGCUGUUUCGCGCUGCCGAGUUCCUCAACGUGACGGUGCACACGCUCGCGACGUACCUCUCGACGCUCCAGGGCCCCGAGCGCAUAUCCCUGGCGGGCGACCUAUCCGUAGUCGCGGCCGUACCCAUGCAGGACGCGCCCCCGUGCAACGACGCCCUCAUCAGCAGCAUCGGGGCCGGCAACGACAACGACCCGGCGAGCAGUAUAAACGAACUAUUGCAAAAGAUAAACGCCAGCGCGAUCGCGGUAGCGGCGCCCACGACCUCGGCGACGAUAAAACGCGAGGGCGGAGGGUACGUCGAGCUGCCCUCGAGCAUGGGCAUGGUGCCCAAGACCGCGACUUCGCUGCUCGACAACAAUCCCGACAUAACGAUCGUCAAGACGGAGGGUCUGCGAAAACGCGGCCAACUCGAGUACACGAAGCUCACCGCAACGGAAAACAACAACGCCAAGCUGAUGAGCGGCGGAGCCGUCAGCGAGCUCGGCCAGCAGCAGCAGCAGCACGCCCAUUCAGGUGAGCUUUUGAAAGCUCGUUUGUUCAGCUCACUUUCUGGGUCAGCAGCAGGUCACGGCUCAGGCGACGGCGCAGCAGCAUCAGCAGCAACAGCUCCAUCACCAACAGCAGGUCCAACAGCAGCACAUGCAUCACCAGCAAAAGCUCGCCACUGACUCGUUGUCGAUCAACAACGACAUCGGCAAGCCCUAACUAUUCAGGCCGUAUCGUUUGGGCCCCGACGGCACCCCGAUGAUGCACAUGUCCAGUACGGGCUUUCGCCAACACCGACACCACCACCACCACCACCACCA